AUUAUGCUGUAUACCAGUUCUUUGUGCCUUUCUAUUAUUAUUAUUUUGUUUAGUUCAGUAUCAUAGUAUAUAACCUUCACUCGUAAAGAUUUCAAUUUCAGUGUUCCUUGCUUUUCGUUGUAAACGCUCAAUCUAAUUCGACCGCAAUCUCUAUAUUUUUCCAAGAAAAGGCUUUCAUUUCGAAAUGACAUUGGCAGCUGUUGCUCAAUUUUGCGCUAAUGAGGUGCUCUCACGAAACAGACAAAUUUGCGUGGAACUCAUUCGGCGUGCCGCGGCGGGGAAUGCAAAGGCUGUUUUUCUUCCUGAGGCAUCUGAUUUCAUUGGCAAAGACAAGAAUGAAGUACUACGUUUGACGAGCGAAGCGGAAGAGCCGUUCAUCAACGGCAUUUGUCAGGCCGCUAAGCAGAAUGAUAUUUGGGUAUCGGUUGGUCUUCACGGCAAGUCUUCAGAAGCCCGCGUUUAUAACAGCCACAUCCUAGUUUCUCCAGAAGGUCAAAUUGCAGCUAAUUAUAGGAAGAUACAUCUCUUUGAUGUUGAUAUCAAGGGUGGAGCCAGGUUGAUGGAGUCAGAGGGAACAAUACCAGGGACACAACUAGGAAAUCCAGUGCAGACUUCUAUUGGAAAGAUUGGCCUGCAAACUUGCUACGAUCUUCGAUUUGCGGAGCUUUCUAUUAUUCAACGCGCUCGUGGCGCUGAUAUUUUAACCUAUCCAAGUGCGUUUACAGUCAAAACAGGUUAUGCUCAUUGGGCAUCACUGUUGCGUGCAAGAGCGAUCGAAACCCAAACAUAUGUAAUAGCAGCAGCACAGGCGGGUCAACAUAAUGAGUCCAGAGCAAGUUACGGACAUGCAAUGAUUGUUGAUCCAUGGGGUGAGAUUGUAGCUCAUUGUGACAGUGGUGAAAGCGAACCAACACUGGCAUUCGCAGAUAUUGAUCUGAAGUACAUGAACAGUAUCCGACAGCAAAUGCCUGUCAUGGAGCAGCGCCGCAAUGACUUGUAUCCCACGUUAAAAUAAUACAUUUUUGUUUUCAUAUGGCAAUCACACAUUGAGAAAUGCUAGACAAACGCUUUUCACAUCUAUUUAUUACUAUCGACGUAAACUUUUAAAUUCUUAUAAUGCCAUAUGACGAAAAUAUAGCUCACUGUCCAGAUCGAAAUAAGCAGUGAAAACAGAGGAACGAAACAAGUGAUAAAAAAAAAAAAGGAAUGGGAACAAAACUUGAUAUCUGAUUUACGCAGUUGCAGGUCGACCAGCACCACAUCGGAAGCAUUGAUAUCUGGAAGCGAAAUUAUGUA